AUGUCUUACACUUUGAAUGAGUUGUAUGGGGUUGAAAAGGGGGAGAAAAUUCUUGAGGAAGUGAAGCAUGAUCUCUUUGAAUUAUUUAAAGAGUAUAAAAAGAAGUAUGAUCCGGAAAAUGAGGUAAGUGCUAGCAUUGGAGUUCAAACAACUUCAACUUCAAGUUCCGAACAUGAAAGUAUUAGUACCAAGCCCGAAUCAAUUUUAAAAGCUAAGUUCAAGAAGCAAAAGUUAGCGACCGGGGGUUUUGCAAACAAAAAACCUGAACUUGAAAUUUACUUGAAUAAGGAUGUGCUCGAGGGAGAAGAAGAACUUGAUGUCCUAAAGUGGUGGAAAUCAAAUUUCGAACAUUUUCGGGUUCUUUCGAGGGUGGUUCGGGAUAUGUUGGGUGUUCCAAUAUCAGCCGUUGCAUCGGAGUCAGCCUUUAGCACCGGUGGGCAGGUCAGGGCGGAAGGGCCGAUGGGUCGACCUGAACCCUGUGUGCUCUACGCGCACACGUUUGUUCAUCCGCACCUCGAUGAAUAUGUCGACGAGGUGGUAUUUUCGGAGCCUGUAGUCAUCACAGCCUGUGAGUUCCUUGAGCAGAAUGCUUCCUCAUUAUGUACUGCAGUGAAGCUUGUCGGGGGCACUUCACCUCCUUCAUUUGCUCUGGAAGUUUUUAUUCACUGUGAAGGAGAGACGAGAUUUAGGCGUUUGUGCUUGCCUUGUUUGUACUCUCAUUCGUCAUCAAAUGUGCUUGAGAUUGAGGCUGUGGUUACAAAUCAUUUGGUUGUGAGAGGCAGCUACCGCAGCCUGAGCAUGGUCAUAUAUGGGAACACAGCGGAAGAUCUUGGCCAGUUUAACAUAGAUGUUGAUCUAGACAGCUCACUGACUGAUACUGUUAGUGCUGUUGAGGGAAACCUGGAAGAUCUGCCUCCUGCUUUUCAUCCCAAUAUGUCCACAAUUAAGGAACUCAUAUCGCCCUUGAAGAUAUUAUCUCGACCGGCAGCUGUCUUGGAUAUUCCGUCUGAAUUAAGAAGAUUCCUGGUGUUAGUUUUUAAAAGUUUGGACUCUCAGAACCUGGGUGAAGCAGCGGAUAAAGUUAUCAGCUCAUUGUUAUUGGUGGCCUCAAAGUAUAGAACCCGUGGCCCAUCUCACGAGCAUGUUGAUCCAAAGCAGCUGGUGCCUGGUACUGUGAUUAGUGGUUUGGAUGAUCGCACUCUUAUUGAAGCAGAAGAAGAAGUUUUGGGUCUAUAUAAUAAACUUCAAAAUGAAUCUGGGGAGCUAUCCGCCGAACUUUCAGCAGAAAGCUUGUUUCUUGAUUCCAAGGAAGAUGGUGUUACUUCUAAAGAACUGGUGGAAAUUUUACACCAGCAUUUUGAUUUUUCUGGCGGCAUUGGAAAUGUGGGAUAUUUACAUAUUUCACAGAAUAAGAAUACAAUUCUGUGGUUGAGCAUGGCAACUUUGUUCUGCUCUGCUAGGGAGAGUUGUUUUCACUUUGUUAACUCUGGUGGCAUGACGCAGCUGGGAUAUGUUUUUGCUAACCGAAUGAAAAAUUCUACUACUCUUGCAUUGUUGCUUCUUGGAGUCAUUGAGCGAGCUACUUCGCAUUCAGUUGGAUGUGAAGGUUUUCUAGGAUGGUGGCCUCGGGAAGAUGAAAGAAUACCAGACGGCACUAGUGAAGGGUAUAAUCAGUUGUUGAAGAUGUUGUUGGAGAAUCAGAGGCAUGAUGUUGCCUCCCUUGCAACUUAUUUACUUCAUCGCAUGCGUCUUUAUGAAGUUGCUUGUAGAUAUGAGUGCAUAGUAUUAUCCAUACUAGAGGGCAUAUCAGCUGUUGGCCAAGUCACAAAUUCUACAGUGGAUAUGCUUGCGAGUGCUAAAGUGCAACUAAAGAAACUGCUGAAAUUGAUACAGCUGAGUGGUCCAAUUGAUGAUCCUUCUCCAACAGCUGCGGCAAGCAGAUUUUUUAUCCUUGGUGAUACUGGACAGUUGGCAUAUAAGACAACCGUUGUCUUGAUUAAUCAAUCAAAUUGUGGCUUUUUGAAUUGGGACAUAGACGCACAUUUACUUUCCCUUUUGAAGGAGAGAGGCUUCCUUCCCUUAUCAGCUGCUUUGCUAUCAUCUUCUGUUUUACGAUCUGAAACAGGGCAUGCAACAGACUUGUUUUUGGACAUUGUAUUGCAUAUUGAAGCAAUAAUUCUAUUGCUGCUUUUUUGUCGCUCAGGAUUAAAUUUCCUUUUACACGACCUUGAAGUCUCUUCAACCAUUAUCCAUGCUUUGCGUGGUGUCGAGGGUGUUCAGAAGGAAGAUUUGCUUUCACUUCGUUUUGCAUAUGUCUUGAUGUCUAAAGGGUUUUUUAUUUCCCCAAAGGAAGUUGGACAGAUAGUUGAGAUGCAUAUGAGAGCAUUAAUUGCCAUAGAUAGCUUAUGUAAGUUGACCCCAAACACUGAAGAGUUUUUAUGGGUGCUUUGGGAUCUCUGUCGUCUCGCCAGGUCAGAGUGUGGACGUCAGGCUCUAUUGGUUUUGGUGAAUUUCCCCGAGGCUCUCAAAGUCUUAAUGGCUGCUUUACAUUCUGGAAGGGAACUUGAUCUUGUUUCUUUGAGCACUGGAUUGUCACCUUUAAACCUUGCAAUCUUUCACGCCGCUGCUGAGAUUUUUGAAGUUAUUGUAACCGAUUCUACUGCAACUUCUCUGAGAUCUUGGAUUAACCAUGCGAAGGAACUGCAUAUAGCCUUGCAUUCCUCCUCCCCAGGUUCCAACAAGAAAGAUGCUCCUGCACGGCUGCUGGAGUGGAUAGACGCUAGUGUAGUUUACCAUAGAAAUGGUGCAAUUGGACUAUUACGAUACGCUGCUGUUUUGGCUUCUGGAGGAGAUGUUCACAUGGCCUCAGACAGUGUUUUGGCUUCUGAUAUGAUGGAUGUCGAUAAUGUUGUAGGGGAAUCUUCCAAUAGUUCUGAUGGCAGUGUUGUUGAUAAUCUAAUUGGAAAACGGAUAACUGAGAAGGAUUUUCCUGGUGUCAUUCUUCGUGACUCCUCCAUAGCCCAGCUGACUACAGCAAUUCGAAUUUUGGCAUUCCUUUCGGAUAAUUCGGUUGUUGCUGCAACUCUCUAUGAUGAAGGUGCUGUUAUGGUCAUCCAUGCUGUUUUGAUCAAUUGCAGACAAAUGCUGGAGAGGUCAUCCAAUAUUUAUGAUUAUCUUGUUGAUGAGGGUGGAGAGAGCAGUUCAACAUCUGAUUUGCUUAUAGAACGUAAUCGAGAAAAGAGUUUGCUCGAUCUUCUGAUACCUUCGAUGGUUCUGCUGAUCAAUUUGUUACGGAAGUUGCAGGAAGUGAAAGAGCAACACAAGAACACAAAAAUGUUGAAUGCACUCAUACAGUUGCACCGAGAAGUGAGCCCUAAGUUAGCUGCCUGCACAACAGAGUUAUCUCAUUCUUGCCCUGAGUUUGUGCUUGGUUUUGGAGCUGUUUGCCAUCUUAUUGCAUCUGCACUAGCAUGUUGGCCAGUUUACAGCUGGACUCCCGGCCUUUUUCAUUUUGUCUUGGACGGUCUUCACGCAACUUCAUCAUUGGCACUGGGUCCCAAGGAAACUUGCAGUUUACUUUGCCUGCUGAAUGAUUUGUUUCCGGAUGAAAGUAUUUGGCUAUGGAAGAAUGGGAUGCCAAUGCUGAGCCCCUUGAGAGCAAUUGCCUGUGGUACAAUACUGGGCCCAGAAAAAGAGAAACAAAUCAAUUGGUAUCUGAAUCCUGGAAAUCCUGAGAAGCUAGUUUCUCAAUUGUCUCCACAACUUGCGAAACUUGGAGAGAUUAUUUUACAUUGUGCUGUCAGUAUGUCAGUUGUCAUACAAGAUGCUCUACGUGUGUUGGUGAUUCGGAUUGCAUAUCUGAAUCUUGAUUAUGCUUCACAAAUGGUGAAACCUAUAAUAUCAUGGAUCAGUCAUUGCCUCUCAGAAGUAUCAACAUUAUCUGAUGUGGAUGCUUACAAGGUUGUCAAGAACACUUACGAUUUCUGUCAUUCUUGUCAUCUUGUGCCAAUGUUUGUCCCUAUAAUUUCAAUUCUUUGUGUUUCUGUACAGGUUCACCAAUUACUGAAGUUUGUUGCUAUCUUAUUGGAGCAUCCAUAUGCUAAGCCGCUACUGCUGAAAGCGGAUGCCUCCCAGAUGUUUAAGAAAGUGCUCCAGAAGUGUAUUGAAGCGGCCAACUAUGAUGCUAGGUUGGCCCAGGAAUACCCAAAAUAUGAAUUUUCACAUCUUACUUGGUGUGUUCCGGUGUUCCAGUCAAUCUCAUUGAUUAAUGACGGCCGGGCAUCAAUGAAGUAUCCUGGAGCACACGACAGGAAAGUUCCGGAUAGUUUUACAGAUGAAGAAUGCGUCACAUUCUGUUCAUAUCUCGUUCGAUUUUGCAUGGUUUUGCCACUUGGGAAAGAAUUACUUGCCUGUUUGUCUGCCUUGAAAGACAUGGUUUGUUACUCUGAAGGCCAAAAUGCUUUACUCACUGUGGUGAAGCAUAUUCAGUUAUUUGCAGUUCAGGACUCUGAGCCUCAGACUAAACAUACAGCCAAUGCUAAUUGGGGUGUUAUAUGUGCAUCUGAGUGGGGACAUCCUCCAAUGUUAUGCUGCUGGACCAAUUUGAUAAGGUUGUUUGAAUCUAAUGAUGUUCCUGCCAUAGAAGUUGCUGAAGCAUUGUACUUGCUAGCUUCAGGCAUGUUGGGCUUUUGUAUGGAUGGGGAAAGUGUGAAACCAGAGAAGGUUGCUGCUAUGAAAUUGCUUUUUGGCAUGAAGAGUGAUGCUUCUUCAGAAAGCUUUGUCGAAAAUAACCUAAAGCACAUUGAGGAGCUCACAAAUGUUUUACUAGAAUCCAAUAUGGACUUUGAAUCUGCAUCUCACGAUCUUCCGACACUGCAUCAGAUCAAGGAGACAUUGAAGUUGUUGCUUCGUUUGUUGCAAACAUCCUCUAGCACCACAACAGAUGAAUCACAUCCCGACAUUGCCAGCGCUUAUGCCUCCUUAUCUGCUCGGCCCGUCUCCACAAGGGUACACAAAUUCUCAUACAAAAGCAAGGAUCGCAUGGAAGACUACAUCCCAGAUGAGCUCGGCUCCACCUUCUCCUGGGAGUGCCCCGAGAAUCUCCGCAGCCGAAUGACUCAGACGGGCCUCUCGGCCAAGAGAAAAGUAUCUUCACUGGACCCGCCCAACCGGCUCACACGCGGAGACAAUUCCGCACCAGAGCCCGCCUCACGUGGGCCCGCAACCCCAUCCCUCUCCCUCCAAGGCCCAACUCGCAGGGACACUUUUCGGCAGCGCAAGCCCAACACCAGCCGGCCCCCCUCAAUGCAUGUGGACGACUAUGUCGCCAGAGAGCGCAACACUGAUGGCGCCAGUCCCAACGUGAUUGCCAUCCCUCGGAUCGGGUCCUCAAGUGGCCGUCCGCCGUCCGUCCACGUGGACGUCUUCAUGGCCCGACAGAAAGAGCGCCAGCACAUCGCAGGUGCUUCCAACGACUCACCGGCACAGUCCAAGGCAGCUGAUGUUGACAACAAAUCGAACAAAUCACAGUCAUUGAAACCCGACCUGGAUGACGACCUCCAGGGGAUUGACAUCGUAUUCGAUGCCGAGGAGGCCGAGCCGGACGACAAGCUGCCUCUACCGAUCGGACCUCCCAGGACGAUUGAUUCGUCUGGUUCUUCAAGUAGGUUCCCUGUUGACUCGCGGGUGCCGCCGCAGCCGAACUUGUACCCCAACAAGGCAUCUGUGCAGCAAAGCGGGCCUGUUGCGGUGGGCUCCACGGGGUUUGGGGUUUUCUAUGACCACAAGUUUCCUUUGAGUCAACCUCCCCUGCCCCCAAUGCCGCCUCCCCCAACUGUCUCGCCUGUGAUGUCUCAGAAUAUGGAUCCUGUUAUGGCGCCAGCUCAGUUUCUACCGGGAUACCAUGUUCCGUCAGAGUACAUGUCUUCCAUGACAAGCAGUUCAUCAUCGCCGGCAAUCUCAACCUCAAUGCCUGAUAUGAAAUUCGGACGUCAAUCUCUCUCUUCCCCUUUGGGGCCCACCACCAGACCGCCUCCUCCACUCCCUCCUACCCCACCCCCUUAUUCCUCAAACUCUUCACUGAAGAACUCCGCCUCGCCAUCCCCACAGUAUUUCCCAACCGUCCGCAACACCACCGACCUUCAGCAGGCCUCGGCCCAGCGUCUGCUUUUCCGACCCGGCUCCAUGCCUGUUAACCUUUAUGCCAGCAACUUAGUUCCACAUCCAGGGGACAACUUACCCAGCAUCCCCCAAAAUCUUCCGGUGUCCCUGCCUUCACUUCACCCCAUACCGAAUCUUACUCAGUUACAGCCCUUGCAGCCGCCACAAAUCUCUCGACCUCCACCUCAGCACCUCAGGCCACCUGUUCAGUCCUCACAGCCCGAUCAGGGGGUAUCUUUAUUGCAAGCCUCGUUACAAAUUCCAACUCAACCGUCUCAGGUGGUACAGCAGCCCCAGGUGUCACCUGCACAUGCAUACUAUCAAACCCCACCACAGGAGAGCACAUCACAUUCUCUGCCCCAGCAGACAUCUGGGGGAUCAACGUCCCAGCCACAAGAUUCAGGGAUGUCUCUACAAGAUUUUUUUAGGUCACCUGAAGCUAUUCAGUCUCUUUUGAGUGACCGGGACAAACUCUGUCAGCUUCUGGAGCAACAUCCAAAGUUGAUGCAGAUGUUACAGGAGCGACUCGGUCAAUUGUAG